AACAUGACAACUGAAAAGAGUUUAGUGGCAGAGGCUGAGACGCCAAAACAGCAGCCGCCAAAAGAGGAGGAGGUAGCUGCUGAAACGGGAAAACAAGAAGCCUCCUCAGAGAAAACAUCUCAGCAAGCACCUGAGGGGGAUAAUCAAUCCAAGAAGAAACUGAAAACAUCCAAUGGUGAUACGCCCACACGGGAGGACCAGAGCAAGAACAAAGAGCGCAGUUCCGAAAGUCGGGGUCUGUCACGCCUGUUUUCAUCCUUCCUUAAGAGGCCCAAAUCUCAGGUCUCUGAAGAAGAAGGCAACGAAGCAGAAACAAAAGAAAGUGGUGAAGGCCAGAAAGACACAGAAAUAGGAAAUGAUCCCAAUGAAGAGAUUCUGCUGAAAGCUCCCAUAGCAGCUCCUGAACCUGAGCUCAGAACUGACCCAUCUUUAGACCUCCAUUCACUCAGCAGUGCAGAAACACAGCCUGCUCAGGAAGAUAGAAGAGAAGACCAGGAUCAAGAUCAAGAUCAGGAUCCCGAUCAAGAUCCAGAGAACAGAGAAUUGGAGAUUAAGGAAGGAGAAGAGCAAGCAGAGUGCUGUAAUACAGAAGAGAAAAAAGAGAACAAGGCAAAAUCAGACAAAGAAAUAAAAGGUGCUCAGAAGACAGCAAGGAGACCCAGAAACAGCAUGCACUGCAAGGUUUCUUUGCUGGAUGACACCAUUUUUGAGUGUUCUGUGGAUGUAAGUGUAUUUCUGUAUUUGGAAGCACAAAAUAUUAAAGACCUCCCUCCCAGUUCAGACACAGCUGAUGAAGAUUUCCCCAAAGAAUUGCUGCCCUCCCCCCCUCCAGCUGCCCUAUUAGGCUUCUGA